AAAGCACCUGCUAACGUAAUAGGGCCAAUUAAUUGCCAAAUUUUCGUACAAGACUUAAUGGUGUCCUACAUUAUGAAUUUGUUACUCAGGAUUCUUUCGGGAUUUCACGCGUGAAACAGCAGAAGAGGUGGUAUAAUAUUUCAGGAGACUUGUUGUAUUUUCGAGCUAAGUGGUUCUGACAUUCGUAGGGUGCCCAAAAUGGGUGACAGAACUGAACGAACUGGGAGCCAGGUGGUUCACGUCCGCGAAAACAGUGAACACGAACUUGAAGCAUUAUUUAAAGCAGCUAUAAAUCCACCACCAGGCAUUCCAUUAAAGGAGCGAAUGCUUCCGGCCAGUUUUUUCAAGCCCCCAAUACCGCAGAAUCAAGUAAUUCAUAGCCGGGAGGGAAGUUCAGACAGUACUGGUUAUGUGAACUCAAACCACAAUAGUGUUCGUACAAGUGCACCCCCCACUGUGAUUCAUGGACGGACUCAGUCCUCCCCAGCUAUGCUUCAACAGACUCAGUUUAGCACCCUGCCACCACCCCAGCAUCAACGGCAGCGCUCAUGUGAUCUUAUUUUAGAAGAACAGCCGCUCCCACCAGGCUGGGAGAUGGCGAAAACUCCGCAAGGACAAGUUUAUUUCUUAAACCAUGCCACACAGAAAACAACCUGGCAGGACCCUCGGAAGGCCAACUUCAACAUACAGAAUGCAGUCUCCAUGGGAACCUCUACACCACCUCAAGUGUCUCCAAACGUGUCAUUACAGAACCUCCACCUGCAGGGCAUACAGAACAUCCCGCUACCAGAGGGCUGGGAGCAGGCCAAUACCCCCGAGGGAGAGGUGUACUACAUCAACCACAAUGACCGCACCACCAGCUGGUUUGACCCGCGACUGCCCAUGCACAUGCAGCGACUGAACGUGCGAGCACAGCCCAACCUGGGUCAAAUGAUGGGGGGUCAUGUAGCGCGUCCGAAUCUAGGUCAGCAGACAGCACUCCAGAAAUUGCAGGAGGAGAAAGAAAUGCUCCGAAAGCGUCAGGAAGAGCUCAACAGACAGGAGCUGGCAUUGCGCAAUUCCAAUAUCAACGUACUGAAUCAAACGGUGGACCCCGUGAGUGAGCUCACACAGAUAGGGGACCCCUUCCUGGGGCAGAACACCAACGACCCACAUGUGAGGCAGGGGAGCACGGACUCCGGACUAGGUGAGCUUCCGGUCCCCGCUUACGGUGGUAUGGGGAGUGGGAGCAGUUUCAUGUCGAGGACUCCUGAGGAAUUCCUGAGCAACGUUAGUGAAAUGGAUGCUUCACAAGACGGUCACCGGGCAGGUGAUUUCAACAACAUGGACAUGGGAACCAUGGAUACGGAUCAGAGCAACAUGGACAGUGAAGAUCUGGUGCCCAGCUUACAGCCUGAUGAUAUCAGCAAUGAGUUACUGAAUGAUGUCGAGACGGUCCUUAACAACAAGAUGGACGACAGUCUACUGACCUGGUUGUGAGGUCAAGGUCAUUGUCAUAGCAACCACAUUCUGUGACCUUUGACACUUCUGAGUGCAUUGCCUAGCAACCAGCGUAUACAUAAAUGUAUCAUAGCAACAUAACCCCUGGAGAUUUAGGGUCGAUGUACAGUGUGAGGAAACCUAGAAAUAUUUCUUGAGAUUACGGUAGAAGUUUUUAGUCGGUUUUAUGUACAGUGGAGUGUUGGGUUGAAAUUGUAUUAGGUUUUCAAAUGUUGCAAAUUUUGCACAUAUAGUUUGUGAAUAUGCGUGGACUGAAGAAAAGGUUUCCCCAUUUAAUACUAGGACUCUAGACAGUAAUCAUUUAAAUCUCAAGGGCCAAAAUGUCAAUAACCGGUAUGGUUCAAAAGGGCCAAAAUGUCAAUAACCGGUAUGGUUCAAGCGACAUUCGAACAUAAUUCAUUUCGCAUUACCAAUGUAACAAGCCACCAGAUAAGCAUGUAAUGUGUGGCGAAGCAACGGGUAGAACGUGUCAGAAUACAAGUAAACUGCCUUCAAGCAUCUUCUGACACGAACGAUCUGCCUUUUUCGCGGACUUAAGGAUCAAAAGAGAAAUUCGUAAGCUGUCCAUAUGAAUUUUCUCCUUCAGAUGUAAGCUUUAUCAUAGCCAGCAAUGGAUGUCAACAUGUGAACAUUUCGUCCCUAUACCCAGCUGAAAACAGAAAUUUGAAAGUCAGAAUUUCACAUGUGACAAAGAUUUACUCCUCGGACGAUACAUUUGAAUGCUUGAAAAAUUAGAGAUCACUGUAAAGCAUGUGGCGGGUUGCUUUAAUGCAAACGAAACAUGCUAUAGCAUUCAUAUAUCAGGGAAACCAAUUUAAUAAUUAUUCGUAAAUAUAUAAAUGUGUGAUUCAGAAAUAAUCUAUAUUUUGUAUUUCAAAAGUAAAAAAUACAAAAAAAAAGUUCAUUUAUAUUUGUAAAAGUAAUGUGAUUAUCAAAGAUGUACCAUCGGCUCAUUUAUGUUUGUAAUAUAUAUUCAUCAGUUUCACUACAUGUACAUUUCAUUUUGUUGGUAUAAAUAUGACAUGUCAUACAGAAAUUUAUUCACAAAAAUAUAGUGAUAUUAGUUGUGUUUUUUUUAUUGAUGUGCAUUGUUUGUCUGACAGUUUCUUGCUAGAUUUAUUGUUCAGAUUCUUACCUGUCUUCUUAUAAAAUUAAUGUAUUCAAUGUUGAGAGUAGCACCUCCUUAACAUUUCAUUAACCCAUUUAUGCCUAGUGGACUCUCCCAUCCUUCUAAAUUAAUUUUUUUCCAAAAUUAGAGAUGUCUGGUAUAUUUAUUUCUAUUUUUAGAAUAUUUCUCACAGAAAUUCUUUUAAGCAAACAGCGUAGACCCUGAUGAGAGGCCACAUUAUGCGGCGUCUCAUCUGGGUCUACGCUGUUUGCCUAUGCCUUUUUUUGUAGACGCUAGGCAUAAAUGGGUUAACAGAUAAUAUUGUUCUGCACUCAGUCCUUUUAAUUGUAGUGUUGGUGUCAGUGGUUUGUUUUAGAGAACUGUUGUAUUUUCAUUCAUAAGCCCUUUUUCUAUGCAAACAGGUGUAAUUUUUUAAGUAUAAGUAACAUAUUUUUUAAUUGAUUGUGUUUAUUUCGUUUGCACUUUCCCUAUAUCUGUAUUUUUAUAACUGAGUUGUACAAAUUUUGUGGUAAACUAGUAAGUGAUUUUUUGCAUAGAAGGUUGAGCACAAAAUGUUGUGUUUGUCACCUAUUUUAUAUUACCUGUUGUACCCAAAAGGAUUGUAUUCCAUCGGUAACAUAUUUAUCACUGUAUAUUUCCUGCUUUUAUCUUACAAGUUAGCUCAUUUUUGACUGUCUUUCUACCUUUGAAAGAUGAUGUAAUAGCCGUGAUGUAUUUUUUAUCAACAUUUAAACCAUUACAUUGUUUCCUUUCUUUGGUUUUUAUUUGUAAAUUUUUCCUAUAUGUAUGUUUUAAGCUUAAAUUUGAGGACAGCUGGUCACAGUGCAGGUUUGUAAUUUCUCUCAUUGAAAUGUGACUAUUGUGGACUUGUGUUAGCUGAAAUAGUCCUAUUUGGCUGUCAGAAUGUAUUUAUUUGAAAAAAUUAAGACAUUGAAAACUUGGAUUUAAAGGCCUCUAAAACAAGCCACUAGGUACAUUUCUUGUUAUUACAUUUUUCCAUAGUAUAUGUUUGAUGUUAUUGAGCAAUACAAAAACUAAAUAACAUCGGCUAAUGAGGUUUUAAGUAAAAUCAAAUAAAACUGCUCAUAAAGGUAUUUAUCUAUUUGUUACUGAGACUCAAGCAAGUACAAGAAAAAAACCAAUUAAAAAAUUGCAUAUAUAUGCAAGGCUUACCCAGCUGUUUGCCAAAUUAGCCAUCGGCUUCAAAUGAGCAAAUUAAGCUUAAGAACUCUCCAUUUGGCUACUACGUUUUGUUGAAUUUCUGCAUUACACUGUAAAUUUUGGUGAAGACAAUUUUGAGUAGGUGGGAGCCCUGAUAUUCUUAGCAAUAUACAUGUUUUCUGUAAAAUAACAGUCAAUGGCUCGGGUCCUUACGUAAAUUCAGCCCCUAGCACCCCUAGGACCUUAAAACUUCGAAAUACAUAGACACACACACAGUCAGUGCCAGCAACUGUGACCGUUUGUUGUUUGUCCUCACACAGUCAGUGCCAGCAACUGUGACCGUUUGUCCUCUCACAGUCAGUGCCAGCAACUGUGACCGUUUGUUCUCACACAGUCAGUGCCAGCAACUGUGACUGUUUGUCCUCACACAGUCAGUGCCAGCAACUGUGACCAUUUUAUCCUCACACAGUCAGUGUCAGCAACUGUGACUGUUUGUCCGCAGUGAUGUAGUCUGUGUUUGUGCAUUAUUACUGAAGCAUAAUUGUGUAUCAUAGUAAAGAGUAUAUUGUACAGCCUGUGCUGUAGAAAUAUGUAGCCUGAGAAACUGUAUAGGGAAAUAUUGGUCAAAUUGAAUGCAAACCACUUUUGUUUUAUAAUGUAAAUAUUGCUUAUGAGUCUCAAAAGUGUGUUUAGAAUAGCAUAAUGAUAACAAAAUAAGCACUGAUCAACAAUUGCUAUCAAUAAAGACAAAACAUUUUUCAAUAUUUUGGUCAAUUUCUCAGUCUACAAAUUUCUACUUUAUUGUCAGUUUGAAUACUGGUGGCAGAGAAUUUCAUAUAUUUUGUAAGCCUUUUUCUAUGCAUAUUUAACUGUUGCCAUACUUGAUGUUUUAUUUUGUUGUGUUUUCUUUGACAGAUAUUUUUAGUCUGAAGAGUAUGUUCACAAAGAGUUUUACAUUUGUGUGCCUUUUGAACAUUCAAAUAAGGUCCGUCAAAAUCUGCUGUUUAUUCAACUUAAUGAUUUUGACUUUAAUGAAACUAACUGUCUGAAGAUGCCACGGUGAUAACAAGCUUUAUUAAUUAUGCCAUGUGAAUUGAUUGAAUUUUUUGUAUGGUUUAGCAAUAUUUAUUUUUAUUAUUUUUAAUAUCACUAUGCAUAUUUAUAGCUAAAUGUUGUUAAUCAUGUUGAUGUUGUGUAAUACAAGAGCAAAUCUAUUUUUCUACGACAGCUACUAUUUUUUUCGACGGUUCACCUUACUCAGUUGUUGAUUGUCAUAUCAUUCCAUGGAAACUUGAAUCUCACAUGUACAGUCUCUUAUAUGCCACUUCUGGUGGUUGACCUUGUGUGGGGUAUAUUAGGCAACGGCACUAAAUAUCUGUAUGUGAUAACAGAUUGAUCUUGUGUGGGGCAUAAUAUUAGGCAACCGCACUAAAAAUGUGUACGUAAUAACGCUAGCUUAUCGCUUAAAAUUACACUCAUAACAUUCUUCGUUUUUUAAUUGGCUGUUUGGGGUUUUGGGGGAAAUAGCACUAAGAAUUUAAACUGCUAAUUCUAGGUAAGAGUUUAUUUCAAAUGAGUUUUGAAAGUAAGAGGUACAGAGAAAUUCAAAAGCUACAAAAAUACUGCCAAUACCUGGAUAAUAAAUAUUUUUGAAUGGCUUACAUUUUUAACAUACUAUUUGAUAGUUCUGUAAUAUAUUUUUACCAGCUAUGCUAUUUGAGGAAGAUUUCGCUCAAUUUGUAUACAAUUUAUUUGUAGCUUUUUUACAUUUGGUCUUAUUAGUAAUUGAUUGUACAUGUGAAUGCAAGUUUCAACUCCGUGAAUACGGAACACAUUCAGGAGGAGAGAAAUUUAUUUUUUGUACUUUUCAUUUUUUUCUGUCCAAAUAAUUAUUGUAUAAUUGUAUGUUGUAAAAUGCAUUGAUCUAUUUCCCUGGUUCGAAAUGACCUUGUAAAUGCAUGAUAAUUUUUAUUAAUUGGUUAAAUUAAAAAAAGUUUCGAAUGCAAAAAUUCCUAACAGGUGAUCUGUGGGUGAAGUGAGGAGUAUUGUUUGCAUACAAGUGCAAAAGAUAAACGCAGAAUAGCCAAUGUCGAAGAGAGGUUUUGGCGAAAGAUCUCUCUAAAUUUUGGCAGAACAUGAUUCCCAUGUCUAUGAUUGUGAACUAUUUGAAACCGAAUCUGUUUAUAUUGUGGUUAUUAUUAUUAACUGAAGUCCUAGAUAGCACUUUUUAGCAUAGAUUCUGUGAUAAGGAUUAUUUUUAGAAGCAAAAUGCUGUAUCUUUUAGGAUCCUAUUUUAGAAGGUACAACUGUAUUGCUGUAACUCACUGACUUAUUAUAAUUAAUCUAUAAUGUAGUUUCUUCUCUUUCGCUUUUGUUAGAAAAACUACAUUAGGACGAAUGACAUUUAUUAUGAAGUUCUGUCCUAUAAUAAUUGUCAUUUGCCUUCAUGAUAGUCUGCACUGUAUUCAGUAAUAAGCUGCUAAAAAUGAAGCAAGAGGCAUUUGGUUUGAAUAUACAACUGCAUAUAUUUUGGUGUAAGCAAAAUUAAGUUGUGUUCUUAGACUAGCAUCUGUCUUGAAUAUUCUAGAUUUCUUUUAAACAAAUUUCUUUGAAAAUUCAAACAUACAGUGGUUGUACAGUUGUUUCUAUAUUAAAUGGUUGUAGCCAUAAUUAUAUUAGAAUAUACAUAUGUAUGUGUAUUGUUAAUCAAUUGAGAAAUAGAAUAAAUAGCGUGUUAAACAGCUUGGUAAUGUUAAUUCUAAUUAAUUUUAUUUUAAUUGCACAUAUAAAGGCAGUUUGACUAUUUCUUUACUAGCACUAAUAUGUAUUGUACUGUUAUAGUACAUAUGAUUUCAAGUCCGGAAAAUUGUACAUUUGUGUGAGAAGAGUGUGUAUGUAGGGGGUAGCUACUGGUGUUACAUUGAUAGGUGAAAGAUAUUGUUGGAUGGACUUGAAUUCAUGCUUGUAUACAUAAGGUGUUGUUAGAUAUAUUUCUUGUAAGUGAAAAAUGAAAAUAUUUAUAAAAAAAAGUUUAAUUAAUAAUAGUAUGAAAGCUGUAUUUAUAUUGUAACAAAAAUAUUAGAAGUACUCUUAGCCACUAAUAGCGAGGAUUUUUCUACAAGGAAUCAAAUUUAUGUGAACACGUUUUUUACUUGGUAUUUGAUAAAAAUAAAUAAAUACAUAUCCAUUAAUUUCAUUUUUGGUAUCUGUUUAUAAAUGUUGUUGGUCCACAGAACACACGUAAUAGGAAGGGUUGUGAAAUACUUAGUCGACUAAAUUGACUAUCUGGAUCUACAGUUUAAUAGUUUGAUAAAAACAGAUUGCUUGGUAUAUGUAGCAGUAAUUGAUAAAAUAUAUUUGUAUUUGUGUACCCUGUAAAUUAUAGAUUCCUAUAACAGACUUGAUGAUGCCAUUUUAAGGCAUAUAUGCUGUAUAUUUGUUUAAAAUUAUUAAUCACAGUUGGUUUGUAUUAAAACAAUUAACAAUUUACAAUCCUAUUAUAUGUGUUUUAUUAUGAAACACUUAAUUGAUGGGCAGUUCUAUUCAAACAAAAACACUUCUCAAUUUCAUAAGAGUUUUUUUCUUGUUUUAUAAUUUCAUAUUACAGUGCUAUUAGCCGCAUCUUGUGUGAUUUUAUUAUUACGUUUGUGAUAUAAAGAUUUCUAUUACCCAUGCCAUCCCCAAGUUAUAUGUAUGUUUUAUAUAUAUUUUAGUUUAUUACCACAUGUUAAUUGCUUAUUUCUUUACAUUUUAAAUUCUGUUCCAUAGAUUAAAGGAUUGCAGAACAGUCCGUAUUGAUUUCCAUUGGAUGCCAUCCAUUAUCUUGUUGCAAUAGGCUUUGUGAAUUUAGUUCGAUUUUGUGUAGACUUAUGUGAAAUCAAUCGGUUUUAACUCCUGGAUUCAUUAAAUUAAGUUAGAUUUCAUGUACAUUUGAGGAUUUGAUUGAUCUUCAUAAGACAGUAUUCAUAAAAACUAAUUUUGCACCCCAAAAAUGUAUUUAAAACUCGAUAAGAAAAUUGUCAAGGAAUUGAUUUUUUUUUUUUAAUCAAAACAUUUUCCAGGAACAGGAAUAUUCGAACAUUCAAGAUUUUAUUGUACAUGUUUCGAAUGUGAAAUGGAGGAAGAUUUCGCACAAUUGUACAGGCAGUGCCUAUGAACUGCUGGCAGGAGUUUUAUAACGUCAGAAACCUUUAAGACUUCUGAGAAGACAGAUCUCAAAUCACGAUAUGGUUUUUCACAAGAGUGCGGGAUGAAAAUGUAAAUACAAAUGUAAAAAAAAGUAAUAAAAAAUGAAAAAUA